AUGGCGUCCUUUUUGUAGUCCAUCAUUGACCCAAAGAAGGAUUGUGGAUUCAUCGCCAGAUUGACCCAAUGCCUUCGUAAUUAUGGUCUUCGAUUCGAUCUGUAUGAUCCAUAUUAUGAUAUUGAUGUGAAAGAGGCUUUGAAUCGACUCCCCAGGAAGGUUGUUGAUGCGGGCAAUCAGCAUUUGAAGCGGGCCAUGGACCUUUCCAUGAAGCAUCAGUACCUUCCUGAUGAUCUUCAAUUGCUUGGUGUGGCAAGCUGA